AUGCCUCCAAAGAAGAAGGAAGAGGAAAAGGGUACUGCUAAAAUUACGACGUUUUUUACAUUGAAGAAAAAAGGUUCUAGUAAUGACAGUAGCAACAACACCAACAACACAAAUUCAUCAUCAUCAACAUCUCCGAGUGUCAAACUUAAGAGUACUUCUUCUUCCGAAGAUUCCAAAAAUAAGCGAAAGAGAGAUUCCAAAAGUAAUUCCAUUGAUUUUGAAUUAUCUUCAGAUGACGACGAAGAAGAUGUGAAACUUUCCAAGACAACAACACCUACCAAACAACAAUCCACUCCAACCAAGAAAUCGACCAAACAGUCCGCAGCAUCAACAACUGUGCAACCUCAUGAACUUAGUGAAGAUAGUGAUUUGGAUUCAAAAAAAAAGGAAACUAAAACGACAACUCCAACAAGACCCAAUACUCGAUCACAAAGUAAGGCAAUGACACCAGAAAAGAAAUCUUCUACUCCUGUCAAGACCUCAUCUUCGAAUUCAGAAAAGAAAACCAAAUCACCUGCAAAAACCACUCCAACGAAACAAUCUACAAAAAAGUCCAAAGUCAUUGCCGAUGAUGAAGACGAUGAAGACGAUGAUAAGGAUGAUGAUUUUAAUGAAGAUAUUGAAGAAACAAUUCCAUCCAGCAAGAAACGAAAGAUGACAGUCCCUACUCCAGAAAAAAAGAAGAAGAGCUUUUUUGACAAGAGUGCUCACGAAAACAAAACUCGAGCUAAAAAUCCAGGAUGUAAACAAGUACCAAAAGGAAAACCCAUGUUUUUGGAAAAGAAGGCAUUUGUGAUUACAGGUCAAAUGGAAUCCUUAGAUAGAGAAGAAUUGGAAGAUCUUAUCAAACAAUAUGGAGGUUUUGUUCGUACCAAUGUUUCUGGAAAAACUGAUUAUGUUAUUGUGGGAGAUGAUCCUGGCGAAAGUAAAAUGAAGAAAGCAAGAGAAUGUAAAACCAAACAAAUAUCAGAGGAUGACUUUCUUGAAAUGAUCAGAAAAUCAAAUCCUGAUGGAAAAUAUGAUGAAGAUGGAGAUGUUGCAAUGCAAGAUGCAAAGCCAUCUCCAAGGGCGAAAUCUGAAAAGGUGACAAAAAGUAGCAAACCUAAAACUUCUGACAAUGCACUCAGUAGUGUUGUGCAAGUUUCUAAGGAAGUGGUUAAGGCACGCAACGGUGACAAUGAUCAACUCUGGGUUGAAAAAUAUAAACCCGACACUUCACAACAAAUUAUUGGUCACAAGCAAGAAUUUAACACACUCUUAGAUUGGCUCAAGAAUUGGCAUGAAAAUUAUGAAAAAGAAAGUAACAAGGCUGCUGAAACAAAAGGUAGAAAGAAAGCAGCAUCAUCCGAUUGGAAGAGAGCUGCCUUCCUCUCAGGACCUCCAGGAAUUGGUAAAUCGACCACAGCUGCCAUUGUUGCGCGAGAGGCCGGAUUUACUCAUAUUAUUGAAAUGAACGCCAGUGAUGCUCGAUCGAAGAAGGCCAUGAAAGAAGAAGUUGUGGAAAUUUGUCUUUCAAAAAGCAUUAAGGACUUUUUCGGAAAACCCAAGACAAGCAGUAGUAGCGACAAGAAGAAGCAAACCAUUCUCAUUAUGGAUGAAGUGGAUGGAAUGUCGAGCGGAGAUCGAGGAGGUGUUGCAGAGCUCGUUCAAAUUAUCAAGCAAACACGUGUUCCAAUUAUUUGCAUUGCCAAUGAUAGAUCCAAACCAAAUUUAAAAACACUCAUUGCCAAUUGUUUGGAUGUAAAAUUCAGUCGACCAAACAAGGCAACCAUUGCAAAACGAAUUUUAGAAAUUUGCAAACAAGAGAAAUUGAGUAUUGACUUUAAUGCAGUGGAAUAUUUAGUUGAAUCUCUCAAUAACGACAUUCGAAGUGUGUUAAAUAAUCUUCAAUUGAUUAACAGAUACAGUACAAAAGAUCACAUUGCUUACAAGGAUGCCAAAGAAAAUGACGUGACAAAAACGAGUACUACCGAUGGAAUUUUCGAUGUGGUACGAGAUGUCUUUGCUCCAAGCAACAAAACUUACAAUGAGCGCUUAGAGGACUAUCAUUUCGAUUCAAUGCUAGUGCCACUUUUUGUAGAACAAAAUUACAUUAACAUUCGACCCUCUGGCGUUUCAGACAAGGAACGAAUGGAUCGAAUUGCUCUUUCUUCCGAUUCCAUCUCAAUGGGAGACGUUGUUGGUGCGAAAAUGUUUAGAAAUAUGCAAUUUGGAAAUAUGAAUACUCAUGCCUUUUACAGUACUUUAUAUCCAGCUUAUUUUGUGAGAGGAUCUUUCCAAUCCUUACGUGCCUAUGAUCGAUAUUUCCAAUUCCCAAUGGUUUUAGGUAAAGGAAGUACGACCACAAAGAACUAUAAUCUAUUAAGGGCCAUUCAAAAAUCAACUUCUCUGAAAGCAAGUGCAGACACUAAGGAAAUGUUGGAUUAUUUACCUCUUCUCUCUAAAACUUUAUUAACACCAUUAUUAGAAGGAGGAAAAGACAAUGUCGAUGAAACCAUUGAAGCCAUGGAUGAAUAUCAAAUUUCCAGAGAUGAAUUAGAAUUUAUGUGUGAAUUGACAACCUUUAAAGGUAAAAAUGUUUCUGACACUCACAAGGAUUGGUUUUCACAAGUGGACUCGAAAACCAAAACAGCACUCACCAAACAAUACAAUAAGGUUCACAAGGGAUUCAAUAAGGUCACUGCUGCCAUGGCAAGUCAUUCUGAAAAGGACGAUGAAGAGUUGAAUUCGGGUGAUGAAGACGAAGAAGAUGAUAUUCAACUUGAUAAAUUUGUGAGCAAGAUGAAGAGUAUUAACAAGUUAGAAUCAUUUGAAAAGAAACGAGAAAAGGCAGAUAAAAAGAAGGAGAAAGCAAGUAGUAGUGGCAGUACUAAAAAAACGUCUUCGACACGAAAAGAAACCAACAAGAAGAAGAAGUAA